AUGGGCGUCCCCUUCGAGGCUCUCAUCCCCUACGGGAUUGUCGUCGCAAUGAUUGGUGUCACCGGAGCCGGUCUCAGUGUUGUCAAGCACUUUGCAAAUGAUGGCAAGAAGGCUCGGUGGAAUCUUGAUACUUGGGACAGGCAAAGUAGGUGCUCCGCGGACCUUACAGGAUGA